CAUGUUCACAUUGUCUCUGUGUGGCUGCAGAUGUUGGCGCAGCACCAGCAGGAUGAGAGCUUGUCACUGAGGCUUGUGUAGUCAAAUACUUGUAGGCUUAUCUAGCAAAUUGGACAGGAGAUCAUUGGAUAUUUAUCACAGAAAAGCAGCUAUGGUGACUCUUGACAUCAGGGCGCUGACGACGCCCGUGGGCAUCGUGCGGAUUGUGGAGGUGAUCCUAACCUGCAUCUCCUUCAGCCUGGCGGCAUCGGUGGCCAGCUCAAAGGACUCCUUCUGGACAUUGUGCUUGUUCAGCUGGUGUUUCUGCUUCGUCGUCACCAUCCUCAUACUCUUACUGGAGUUCCUUAGUCUCGGCUCCAAGCUGCCAAUUUCCUGGGAUGACUUCACCACUGCCUUUGCCAUGUUGGCCACGCUCAUGGUGCUGAGCGCAUCCAUCAUUUUCGCCAACUACUUCACUUGCUCUUCAUGUUCCACACUGAUCGCCGCUUGUGUGACUUCCUUUCUGGCCUUCAUCUUGUACGCCACCGAGGUUGGCUUGACCCGGGCCAGAGCCGGAGAAAUCAGUGGAUUUCUUUCCACAGUCCCAGGUCUCCUGAAGGUGCUCGAGGCCUACGUGGCCUGCAUCAUCUUCGUGUGCUUGCAGUAUGUCCCGUACGAAUAUUUCCCAGGGCUCCAGUGGUGUGUGGCCGUCUACUCCAUUUGCUUCAUUUUCGCGCUCCUCGUCAUCAUUUUUACCAUCGGCCGACUUCUGUCCCUCUUUCCAGCACCUUUUGACAAAGUUCUUAUUGUGUGCAACGUGUUGGCUGUUUUGAUGUACAUCACUGCUAUGGUCAUAUGGCCCUAUUACAGUUUAAAGGAUAAUCCCAGACCAAGCACCUGCAAUCAGUUUCCACAUUUGUGUCCGUGGAAUUUGUUGGUGGUCAUCACUUUUAUGACCUGUUUCAACCUUAUUGCUUACAUCGUUGAUACAUUUUAUUCCUUCCGGCUGGUCUUCUUCAUGAGUAGAACCUAAUGUCUAGUUUUUACUUCAAGAUUGGAAACAUGUAAUACACAGCCUACUGUGUACCACAUGUGAAACAAUUCCUGGGAAUGUCAAGUGAAUUAUAUGAAGUCCAAAACUAUCUAAUUUCGAGUGAUGUCCAAUUCACAUAUCUUGACAUAUUGUCCAUUUUUUGAUGCAGUGUUGUUACCUGUUGGCGCUUUCACUUUAUGCCACAAACUCAUUCAUUGAUGUGCUAUGAAUGUUAGCAUGAUGUGACAUAUGCUUCAAAUGAAUAAAAAGAUUUUUGUGCA